AAGACAAAGACUAAGCUGGCGGAGUCAAGUUAAACAUUUUAGUCCUACGUAGUAUAUAAAUAAACACAAAUCGAUCAGUAGUGUUAGUGUUUCAGUUUGUUUCUUCAAUUAAUUGUCCAUAUAAUUUUCUCUAUAUAUUUGUCUUUCGUGUAUCGACCAAGAAUGGUAGUGGAUCAUCAUCAUCAGGUGAGUGAAGAUGAGAUGGCCAAGUACGAAGAAGCCUUCAAAAUCAUUGACAAAGAUGGAAACGGUAAGGUAAAUACAGAAGAGCUGGAAAAAGCAAUGAGAUCAUUGGGACAGAGCUUGACGGAAGCAGAGGUGAAGGAAAUGAUCAAUAAAGUGGAUAAAAACGGGAGCGGGACGGUAGAUAUAGCUGAGUACCGUGCGCUAAUAUGUAAGCGAUUGAAGGAUAAGGAUAAAGAAGCAGAAGCGGAGCUGGAGGAGGCGUUCAAGGUUUUCGACAAGGACGGGAGCGGCCACAUCUCUGCCGCCGAGAUCCGGGAAGUGAUGCCAAAGCUCAACGUGAAGUUGAGUAACAAAGAGGUGGAUGAGAUGAUAGAGAAGGCCGAUAUUGACAAGAAUGGGUUCAUUAAUUAUGAAGAGUUUGUCAAGAUCCUCAUGUCCAAAAGGCAAAAGAGGAUCGCGGAAGGCAAAAAAGACGACUAUGGACAGGGAGAGUGCACAUGCGAUUGUCUCCGUAGGUGUGCAAUUUUGUAAUUUUGUUUGCAUAUGUAAAUAAGCAUUUGGGCAUCUGUAUUUACUCUAUUGUAUGGGUACACAAACAAUACCUCAAGAUUUAAUGAUGUGCGCUGGACUGGAUUUCUGAUGCACAUGAGUACAAGAUUUAUCCUCAUUGAACUGAACGAAUCAUUGUGACUUACAACCUUCCAAAUGUCUUGUGCGGUCAGAGCAUGGAGAAUCUUAGAGUUGGGGAUUCAAAGCUCGUUUGGUAGCACGAAAAUCGGCUGUUUUGACUGAUUCUGCUGAAAUUUAUGAAGUUUUGGCUGAAGUGGCUGCAUUGGCUGAUUCUGCUGAUUUAAGAAAAAAUAUUUUUAAAAUAUAUAGUAUUUUAUUAAUAAAAUAAAGAAAAAAUUAUAUGUAAAAAUAACUAAAAUAGUCAUCUACAAUAACUUCAGCCAAUACAGCCAGAAAAGUAACCUCAACCUUACUUUUUUCUGCUUAUUACAGAAUUCAGCGCGAGAAAACAAAAGUUAGAGUUUGGUGAAAAAGUUGGCCGAUAAGCUUGAUAAGCCAAAAAAUUGCCAAACGGCUUCUCAAUCUUUUGGAACGUUAAUGCUUCAAUGUGUGACUGUGUGAUGUAUAAUGAUAACGAAUAAUGGUGGUGAUAACAACAGUAACAUUGUUUUUGC